AUGGCGGCAAGGUGGAGAUACAAUGCUCGACCUUCUGCCCAAGCAACCAACAGUCCCUUAUCUACUAGUAGUCAUCAAUCAAGUGAAGCUACUUUGAAGGAACGGAAUUGGUGGAAACUCGCAGUGGUGGCAUUGGUGCUUGGCUCUUGGUUUCUCUUUCCCACUGUACCCGCAAGCGACUCCUCUGAUGCUGUCGAUGCGGCCGUCCAGGAAUUCUACGUUCCCAGUACUGUGAGUAUUCGAGAGGGUGUUCGUCAAGGUGUUAUAGUCAAAAGAACUCGUGGAGAUUCGGUCUGUGAUUCAUCGCCUCGUUUUGAGAGAAAUGCCUGGGUUCUACUCGCACAAAAGAAGAGUUCUACAUCGGGACGAGACAGCUUGGGUCUGCUGGUCAAAACGCUGGAUCUGUUUCGGCAAAACUACCUAGCCAUUAGCAAUCAUCGAGCAAAUGUGGACAUAUUUCUGUUCCACACGGGAGACUUUGAUGAGGCCGACCUGGAGUACAUCGAGAACCGCCUUGUCCUCAACGAGAAAGAAGGAAAAGGCAUUCUCCGACUGGUAGAUCUCAACAAUACUGUAUAUUGGUCGCUACCAGAUCUACUUCAACACGACAAUCCAGAUUCGUGGAAGGGAAGUGAAAUAUAUCCCGUCGGAUACAGACACAUGUGCCGCUGGUUUGGAAUGCAGCUCUGGCACUUUUUCCAAGAUCUCAACCAACAACAACCACCGUGCAACUAUCGGUACAUUGCACGGCUCGAUGAAGAUUCCUUUAUUCUAUCACCAAUUCAAUACGAUCUAUUUGACCUUAUGCAAUCGCAACAAUACAUCUAUGCCUAUCGCAUGUGUGCCUUUGAAUUGGCCGAAACACUCCCCAAACUAUGGUUCAAAAAGUGGCGCAAGAGUCUGGGCAAUCACUCGCAACGAUACAUUGAUCCCAAUCUCUGUGGCUUUUACAACAACUUUUUCAUUGCUGACUUGCAAUUCUUUCUCUCGCCCAACGUUACCAAGUUCCUCCACGAUAUUGAUCGACGUGGCUUUUUCUAUCGAAAGCGAUUCGGGGACUUGUUGGUGCAUUCCUUGGCGGUCUAUGCCUUUGGCCCUCCGGACCGAAUUCACCGCUUUUUGGAUUUCACCUAUCAACAUACCACCAUUGACUACUUUAAAGAUCGUGAAAAGGAAUGUAUAUCCUGGGGGAGCCUUCAGGCGGGGUACAAUGAUCCUAGCGGCCAAGAGAUUGUCGAACGCUAUUACCAUACUCAUGUCGUCGCGAAGGAUUGCCCUACAGCCAACCUAACCUCCAUUUCGCAAGAGGACUUGUCUCCCACUUACUCACACUUGCCCAACGAUAAAAAGGUAGCGCUCAUGACAUUUCAUGCGGGGAAAGUGGAGCUCCCAGGGCAGGUCAACCGCAAGGCUUCGUACCAACGACGACGGGUACGGCAACUACACAAACGAAAGGAGAUCAAGUAUUUCUUGAUGCAUUUGCAGAAGAUUAAAGUGGAGGAUCGAGCUGCGCAGAUCAAAGCAUCGAACUUGCUCCCAGCUCUAUUUCCGGCUUUCGCCGGUAGUGAGCCAGAAAUGUUGCGCGAAUUCAAUUCUCUGGUGGACACCCUGAAGCUGACGAUGGGGUCAAAGAGAGAAAUUGAAAGGCAGAUUCAGGUAUUGGUUCUUUUGGUUCAAUCUUUUCAGUAUCGUUGCUACUAUACCGAACUGGAUCUGUUCUUGCAAUUUCUUCGUUCGUCAGAGCAGGAUGGCACGCUGGAGCAGCUGCUUCAUGCGCUAGCUGACGACAAGAAGUAUUCACAGUCAGUGAAGUCCCUUUUGGACGGACUUCGAAGUGAAGGAGACGGUAUCGGUUGGAAUCCCGCACCGACCGAUAGCAAAGGCCGAGAUGGCCUUCGCCAGUUGAUGAAUGCUCUCCGGACCAAGGGCGCCUACAAAUCUGGCAUCUUCGAGCCUGAGGCAAGUUCGGCUUCGUCCGAGGAACUUGAGGAAAUGGCCACUUUCUACUAG